AUGGCGUUGCUGGAAGAGGCACGCCGCCAGCUGGAUGCGGAGGUGUACGCUUAUAUCCGCAGCAUGCAGCCCGCCCCACCUCUCGCGCUGUCGCUCAACAACGAUGUGGGCGCUGCGGCUGCGACGGUGGCGAGCAAGGUCCUCGCCAGUGCCGCUGACCCCGCCGCCAGGGCCGUCCCCAUCAAGCCGCCCAAGAGCCAUGAGGUUGGGGGUGGUGCGAGUGAUGAGCCGCAUGCGAGCCGCACAGCAAAGCCCCCGAAUGUGAAGCAAGCCCGCGCGCGCCUGUGGGAGCUCAUCAAGAAGCUUCAGUGCGCCACCUUUGUGACAACGCAGGUGUCCUCGACGGACAAAGACGCAGCUCCGGCUCUCCGCAGGAGAGCUUCUAAGAGUGCUUGCAAGACACAGGCCACUAUUUAUCCGGAGGCCAGCGCAACUGCUGCGAGGCACGGCGGAAAUCCCACCGGUGCUCGCGGGAGGGCAGCCGACGCCGACACCGUUGAAGACGCUGCCGCCACGAGGGCCGGAUCGCGCCCAUCAUCACCGCCGCAUGGCUUGGUGCGGAUAGCAUCCACGGCGACCAGUGCCACGACGGCAGGAACGGGACGCGGGAACGCUGCGGAGCACAACACCAGGGCCAGCCUGCGCCGACUGAACGCCUCCUUGGCAUUUACACAGGACUGCCUUCACUAUGCAGCCACCCUCGCCCAAGCUGGGCUGGGCAGCGACGCGCAGUCUUUCUUCCUGCAGCCCAUUGCCCAUGACAUCACUUCCCCGUAUGAGUCAGUGCUGGCCCGCUGCAUCGAGCAGCAAUCACUGGCGGAUGGUGACCCGCUCCAGAAUUCGGGUAACGUAUCGGCAGUCUCGGCGGCAUCAGCAGCAGCGACCGCCGCCAUGCGUACCCCUCGCCGCCAGCACCUGAGCCUGGGCGGAGGGCGUGGCCGCGAGGACCGGAAGCGCACGUCCACCGCUGGCUGCUCCGACAACGCCGGCAGCAGCGGCGCCAGAGCAACGGCAGAGGACGCGAGCGUAGAGGAGGGCGUCCGCGUGACGGACGCCCUCGACGUCUUUGCGCCUGACGUUCCUCUGCCGUUGGCUCUGCGGCUACACAAGUGUGUGCUGCGCUACCAGGCCCUCUCUCUGUACAUCCAGUUUGGUGAGAUCAUGAAGUCCGAUGUGUACGGCGAUGCCGCAGGCUUCGCGACAGCCCUGGAGGCGUGCGCGUGUGUAGAGCAGCUGGUAGCGCUUGAGCAGCGCGUCUUGCGCACCCCCGCCUUUAACGCAGCCAGCAUCCUCAAGCGCGAAGAAGAAAAGCUGAAGGAGGACGUCGGUCAAGCCACCGACGCGCUGCCGAAGACCGUCGACGCCAUCGUCGUGGCGGGCUGCCGACUCGUUGACUUGAUGGCGGAACCACCGAUGGAAUCCCCUUCGUCGGUGCCCUUGGUUCGCAACGCGCGUACGGGCGGCGGCGAGGCCGCCCCGCGCAUCUACGCGGUCGAAGAUACCGCCGCACCGGUGCUCUUCGCCAUGCGCCAGUACGUGGCAAACAUGUGCCAGCGACUGCUCGCCUACCUCUCCUCCACCUCAGCCGUCGCCACGGCAGCCGCGGACAUGACGUCGUCUCCUCCGUCCGUAGCGCACGCCACGAAUGUCGCCAGCGCCGUCGUCCACCGUCUCAUCGAAGCUCUCCGCACCUCCCUCUCCAUGUCGGAGCUGCAUUAUACGGAUACGCGCGGCCCGGCAGCGGCCGCGCAGAACACAACGGACGAGCGCCUUCGUGGUGGCGGCGGCGACAAAACUUGCAUCCCGUUGGCCACCGUCGAGUAUCUUCCCUGGCGCCUGCACGAGUACUCGUUGCUCCAGACCUGCUACAUGCACCUGCAGCAAGACCCAUCAUCUGUCCCUGCCGCUGUCGCGGUCGCGCAGCGAGCCCUGCACCAGGUCUUGCAGCUCAUGGAGCUCGAGUACCUCGACCCAGUGCCGCCGCCUGCGUCCUCUGUGUACCUCUUAGAGUCCGCGGUGCAGCAGUGCGCUGGGCAGCUGCUUGUGGGGAUAUGGAGAGCGGCGUUCAUCCAGGACGGCUCGCCCUCCGCGAUGCAGCUGGCGUCACCAGCGGAGAUGGUGCCAAAGCCGGCGGCCAACGGCAGCAGUUGUGAGUCGCCGCGUAACCUAACCGCGACGGCACCCACUGCGAGCUUCAUUAUGGCCUCCAUCAUCGCCCUUAUUCAGCAGACAGUAGCACAUCUCCUCUCCGUGCAGUGCUCGUCGCCGCCCGCAGCUUCAGCGCCGUCGCUCGUGAGCUUGCCGCCACGUGCCACACAGCAGCGCGGUCAGGGCUCGGGCAACUCUACCGAUAGCAUGAAUGGCACCCGUCUGCUGGUGGUUUUGUGGACGUUUAUUGCGCAAGUGCAGCAGCAGUGCAUGCUCCUCGCUGGCAAGUCAGAGGCAGCUGAUGCACUGCGCGCCGCUGCAACCAGCGGUGUGCAGUACGACGACGGGGAUACGUCGGGCGAUGGCGCGAGUGAAGCAGCGUCGGGUAAGGGCCCCGUAUCGCAGUCAGCUAGAGCCUCCUCGUUACCAGGAGGAGGGUUGCCAGCAGCGAAGUCUGCCAAAAAGAGCAAGGCCUCCACCUCGAGCGGCGGUGCUGCCGCAUCAGCGAAGCACAAGCUGGGCAAGGAAGCGGUGGAAGCGGCGCAGCUGUCACAGGAGCAGGCUGCUGCAGCGACGGCCGCAGCAGGAGAGUCCUCGCUUGCGCUGCCUACUAGUAUCGCGCACCCGCACCCAAGUGUCGUGGCCUUGGCGGCACGCUUUCCACGCAUGGCGCUGGAGCUGACGCUGCAGCUGAUCACGACCAUUGAGGCCGCUGGCGCGACGCCUUGCUAUACAGGCGACACCGACAGGGGUAACAGCAGCGGCGGCAGUGAAGCUGUUGCACGGUCGUCCAUGGGGACGCAGUGGAGGUUAUCAAAGACGGAUGUCGGCUUUGGCGCCAAGGAUGGUGCAGACCGUAAGUCGCUCAAGAGCACGCGCAGUCGAGCCGCCAGCAUGACGAGCUUCAGUGAGGCGGCGGCGGCGGCGCCCAUAUCUACGGGCGCUGGCGCGUCUGCUCUAUUCGCAGGUGUGCACAUCCGCACGCCGCACACAAUGUACCGGCACUGCGUGGAGACGCUGGAGGUACUCCUGCAUGGGGCCGCAAUGGCGGCGACAGAGCUGGCGCCCGUCGGCGCAGAAACCUCGGCGCCACCGUCACCAUGGGGGUCUUAUGGCAGUGGCACCCGCCUCGGCGCCCUCACACACGCGGCCGUGCUACGCGAUGCGAUGGACACCCUGCGCUUUGCCGACGGCGUCGAUGUGGUCGCCGCCGGAGCUGCUGGGGCUGUCCACGGUGCGGCCAAUGGACCGUGGGCGUCGACGAACACCACUGUGGUUGGCACGCCGCACGUGGAGCAGCAAACAGCCCACGAGGCGUCGCUGAUGCCCCGAUGUUUCCUGUACAACACGGUGGAUGCGCGCUGCCUCAGCCGCUCUCUGACAUGGGAGGCGCUGUUCCUCCCCCCGUCCCUAAUGGCUCCCGGGACGGCGGCCGCGCUCGCAGCACGCGGUGCGCGUGAAGACGUCGAAGACGGUGUGCAGCGCUCUGUGGCAGCGUUCCGCACGCUCGCCAUGGCGUCCUCGCAGCUCGCCAUUGUUGUCCGAAUCGGGGUGGCCUUGGAAUCGUGGUGGCGCAGUCAGCGGCAGCAAGCAGCUACCAGCGCCAAGCUCGCGGCAGCAUCAACGGCGAGCAGCACCGCCAAGGGUGCGAUCUCCAAGAAGAAGAAGUUGAACAGUGCCACGGCCCCGCUGUUACUGCCACGGUCAUCUACGCCCGAGACACGGUCAGUCGCGAUGGAGGCCUGCAUACGGUGCAUUGAGCUGCUCCGCGCGUUGGCGCUUAGCGUGAUGAUUCAACGGCAUCAGUAUCGCGUCGCGAAAGACGAGAGUGCGCUGACGGCAACGCUUCUCGCGUUUGCCGCCGUAGAGCGCGCACUGAGCGGUGCCGACGCACCCACCACCUCCACCAAUCCCCUGCUGCCUCUUGUGCAGAGUCCAACAGAGGAGCUUGCGGAUUACGCGCGCCUCUACUCGCUUGCCCAGGUGGGCCAGCGGCUCUCUCAGCUGCAGCGACGGUGCAUCGGUGGUGAUGAUCGACAUGUACCCGAGGUGGGGUUACGUGAGUUCACGGAGAGCACGGGUCUUUCCAGCGUCGAUACCGCAGCCGGCAGCUGCAGCAACAGCAGUGGUGGAGCCGGUGGCGACUCGCUGUCGUGCACCUCUGCGCCACCGCAGUCACUGCAGCUGUACAGAGCAUCUGCGGCACUCCUUGACAAGGUCACCGCUGCACUCUGUGCACUGCCGCCGCCACCGACCUCUUCCUCUGUGGACGGCGCAAGCGAAAGCGUUGCGAGCAGCGGUGUCACGACCAUGGUGGCUGGAGGGCUGCGUACGCCGAUGAUGACCGCCCUGUCGGUGCUGAAGCCUGUGGUGGCGGACGUCGCGUCGUUUCUGCUCCGUUGCGGCGGUGAGCUGCGCAGUCAGUGGCACCGGCAUCGCGCACUCCGGCAACUGCGCCAAGCAACCACCGUCCAUGGCGACGCCACCAGGCCCAAUGCUAGCGCCAUCACCGCGGAUGCGCCGCCUUCCGUUGAUGAGCGGGAGCUCGACGCGGAGGCCACCUACGCGACGGUGGUGCUGUGUGUGUUGACGUCGAUGUGGCGCAGCGGCACCAGCGGCGGUAGCGGCGGUAUGCAGCUUCCGGACGACCGCGGCGUGGCCAGCCUGGUGCGCAGCGUCGAGUCUGGGUUCCUGCAACUCGUACCAGCGCUGCCCUCCUCUUCGGCGACAGCGGGGGAGGCGAAAGCAGCGGCGGCAGUGGCAGAAACGCGCGUCCCGCCUGCGCAGCUGGUGCGACUCAUCGCGCACGGUGUGACGGCGCGCCGACUCGUAGAUCGCGUACGGGGGCAGCUCCAACGCCGCGUCGAGUCCCUGCUAGCGCACGCAGUCCCUCGGAGCGGCAUCAAAGGUGUUGGCGCGCCGGCUGCGGCGACCGCUGCGCCAUGCGAGAAGUCCUCGAACGCUGGUCAGCUGAGCACGGCACGAGAUGCCUUGACGGAGCUCACCUCUCUCUGGGUAGCCGUGCGGUGGCAGCUCGCACGUCUGCAGGCACACAGGAGCGGCUACAUCGCUCAGCACAUGGACCUAGAGACGCUGACGGUGCGGCAGGAGCAGCAACAGGUGUACGGCCGCACCACCGCCAAGGAGCUCCGCAUCUUGCGCGCUCUGGAGCAGGCCACUCCCGUGCUCCCUGUCACUGCCAAGGACGAGGAGGCGCGCCUGCGCCGCUGGGUGGCGGAGCAACGCCAGCAGCAGUCGCAGUCACGUAUGGCGAUGGCAACGAGCGCGUCUUUCCUGCUCCUCGACGCGCUGGUGUGUACGGCGCUAGUGCCACUGAACACAGCCGACCCGAGCGCACAGCAGCGGCUGCUGGAUGAGGCCAUACGUGCCAUGCUUCAAGCUGAAGAAGAGUGCGCUGCCAAGAAGCCGCGGAAGCGCAGCUCGAACUGGCGCAGCGCGCUCUCGUCAACACGCGCGGCGACGGCGGUAGCGGCCGAGGCGCUCGUGCUCUACACACCCGUGCUGCUGUGGUGCUACCUCGCGGAGGCGUGCUACGUCUACGGCACACGCGAGCAGGCGGAACGCGUCCGCGCGGUGCUGGAUGCGCAGAUGCUAAAGGAGAUGCCGGUCAUCACCAACUACACCAACGAUGGUGGUGCCGUGACGGCCGUCACCACGUCCUUCGUUCAACGACUCAUACUUCAGCCGAAGUGGUCUACGCUGCAGGCGAGCAGCACAACAACGCAGCUCGCCUACUGUCGCACACUGAGCUCCAUGGCGGCGGUCGACACAAGCAAGGCCGCCUCAGGCAGCGACGCGCUGGGCAGUUUGCAGAUUGUGUACCGGCUGGUGCUGGCGUUGCAAAUUCAACGGAUGCUGGGCCCGUCGGAGGCGCACGGUGGUGGGCCAGAGGGCACCGGAAGAGGCACCAGUGGUUCUUCCACGGGGAGGCGAGACAGCUUGCCGUCCUCGUUCGCUGCCCCCGCCUUCGCGUCCUCGCCGCUGGCGGUCGACACGGCGCAGCAGCUGGUGGCUGCAAUCCUGAACUAUCUCACACGUAGCAGCGGCAACACCGAAAGUAGGCCAACGCUGAAGACGGCUGCGGCGCCACUUCUCCUGCCCCCGCUCGUGGCGCUGUGCGAAGUUCUGCUAGGGCUCCCCCCCUCCUCCCCAGAAUGGGCUGAUGCGGCGGUGCAGCUUCUCGCUGUGCGCGUACUGACACUCUUCAAGGAGCAGCUGACAUACGUGAUGUCGUCGACCAUGACUGUGGCGGGCGCAGUGGCCUGUCUCCCUGCUGUCGCGGACGCGAUGCUGCGGCUGCUUUGGGCAACGUUGGUGCAUGUGUGGAACAACGUAUUGCGCAACCCCAACGCACGACAGCGCCGCUCGCUGCUCGCCGUGGCGCGAGAAACGCACUGGGCACGGCGCGUGUAUGACGGGCAUCAGCGCCUGAUGCAGCAGCAGGAGGCGGCGGAAGGCACUCUGGAUGCCGAAUCCGACGAGAAGGGCGCAGGCGGUAGUGGCAAAAACGUGCGCCACGCGCGCAACGGCAGCUCCGAGGCUGCAGCCGGGGCUCACGGCGACAGUCGCGCUUCAACGGCCCCCGUGCCCUCGCUUGACUUUCCGGGUGUGGUGUACCUCGCGUUCGAAGGCGCACCCGAUGGUGGGUCGAGGACGCAGGAGGUGCUUGAAGCGAAGGCAGAGAAGGGAGACGGCGUCACCCGCACCGCCAGCGCCGCCCCCGCUCAUCUGUCUCCUGCCUCUGCAGCGACGGGCGCCGCUGACUCGUCGAAGCGGAGCUCCGCUUGUGAACCCAGCACGGUGCCUAUGCACGCCAGCGCCCCUGCUGAUUUGGUGGAGCUCCUCGAGGAGGUUUUACUUCAUGUGCCGACACUGUGGCCAUUGAUCUUCUCUGCCGCUAUGGAUGGCGGUGCAGUGACGGACGCGGAUGCCGGCGCGGAAGGCAGCGCCCACGAGGCUGUUGGUGUCAUGGCAUCACCCAAGCCGCUGCGACGAGGCAAAGACAGUGCAGAGGAGGCGGAGCAACAGCAGCAGCAGCCGCAACAGCCGUGGAUGGACUCGCUUGCGGACUUUGUGCGGUUUGCAGGUCAGAAUGCCACACGUGUGCUGCGCUCGCAACCGGCAGCGCCGAUCGCGGACGUGGCGUUGUCGUCCUCUGCCUCUGGCGUACAGUCGUCGCUGCUGCGGUUGCAGGGGGUCCCUUCCAUAUACGCAGAUGUCGUGGUGGCGCUUCGGCAGUACAGCGCGAUGAUUACUCAUGGUGCGGCAACGGCGGUUACCGGCGCGGCUGCCACCCGUGGCGGCGGUGGCAGCCGUGUGCACACGGGGGGCGGCGGGGGCACGGCUUCCGCGGUUCUCCUAGACGUCCUCGGCAAGUACAAAGAUGACCCGGCCUAUGCCAAGAUGGCUGUGCACACAGUACGGGAGAUGCUGACCAUGUGCAGCGACGCCCACGACAGCCUCGACAACGGCAGCGGCGUUGGCGGCGGCGCGAUGAGCGCAAGCGCCGGCACCGGCACGGCGGCUCGAAAGCGUAACACGGGCACCAACACCCCCGGUGCAGAGGUCGGCGUCACCUCCAUCGCGGCGCGCAGCACAUCCGUCGCAGCCGCGGCCGCCAUUAUUUCGGAUGCGCGCCUCGUCAUGCACGCCGUGCGAGAGCAAGUGGAGCAGAACCGACGCUCUAUGGAGGCCUACCUCGAAACUGUGGACUCAGAGACGCGGGCGUGGCUGGCGCGCGAUUGGCACGGCCUGUGUAGUUCCCCUCAGCACCAAGUUGCCGCGAACGCUGGCGCCAGAGAGUCAUUGCCGAUCGCAGCCUCCGCGAGGAAGAGGGACGGCGGGAAGGCGGCGGCAAGCAAGAGGAAGCUCGCCAACCGCGGCGCCGCUGCCAAGAAGAGUGCAGGCAAGUCGGGUGCGCCACGCGGCAAUGAGGGCGGCCACGAGGACGAAGAGAAGUCGAGACAUCCAGCAGACGAUGAGCCAUCCUACACCACCGUCACGCGUGUGUGGAACUUCGCCGAGCAGCACAGUCUGAAGCGGCUUACCUGCGCCGUUGCGUGGUGGCGACGGCGACGUGCGGCGCGGACGCUGCGGCACCGCUACACACAGUACAACAUGCCCUUCAUGGCCCAGAUGCACCUGUACGAGGCAGCACUUCUUCACAUGGGGGCGACAGCACAGUACACAGCAGUGACGCACGAGCGUCGUGUGCAAGAGCUGCUGCGCCUCGUCAGCGGUGACGGUAGCGGUGAUGGGGAUCCACGGACGGCCGCGGCUGUCGACAGAAAGCUAGCCGUCUUCAAUCCCACCGCCAGUGCAGCUGCAGCUGCCACUACUCAAGGCGGCGGCGCAGGUAGCGGGAGUCCCGAGAAGCUCUCAAACAGCAUCAAUGGCACUCUGGCUGACACACCACAGGACCUGGCGCAGACCACCGUGGAGCUCCUCCAGCACUGCGCCCGCGCAGCCCUUCUCUUCCAAUACCUUUGGCUGCCCACACGUGCUAGCACCGCAGCGCAACUUGCGGUGCGCCACCUGCAGCAGCUGCGUGUGACUCUGCCACAGAAGGGUUUGUCCGUCUCUUCGGCGGCGGCGAUAACGGCACUGGUGAAUCAGCUGCUGGAAGUCCCGCUCUUCUCCAUCGCCGCGGUGCAGCACGGGUACUAUGACGCACGCCGCGAUGUACACGCAGGAGUGCUCCAGCCGACAGUAGUGAAGGUCGGCGCGGACGUCAGCUGGCGCUAUCGCUUCCGCUUUCACCGCAGUGUUCCGUCUCUGCUAUCCCUGGUGUCGCUGCUUGGGCAGCAUGAAGAGAUGCAGUCCGUUCAGGAAGCUCGCCUGCACGUCCUGCGGCAACGCCAGCACGAAGAGCUGCAGCUACGCCUAUGCGUGGAGUCAGAGGCGACGACUCGAGCGGAAGCUGAGCGGGACGAGCUGCAGGCCAAGGUCGAUAUCCUGCAGCAGAUGCAGGAGCUGCUACCGCAGCUCAGGCAGAGCGCUGCGGUAAAGGAGACACUUUUAGCCGCAGCGGAGUUGUUGACGUCGGUCGAAACGGGCCUCGAUCACCUCCGGUCGCGCCGCAGAAGCCCUCAGGGACUCCCGGAUGCACCGCAGACCGUCUCAGUACCAAGUCGAGAGUCGGUUCACGCUGCCGCAGCGGAAGCGGCUUCCACGAUCCAGUACUUCACCUUUGAGAGCGUACCACGAGGCGGCUGCCCCGCUGCGACAAGCGAUGCUCGAGGGACAAUGACCAUGACCGGCUCCCACAAGGAAGCAAGCCGUUGCACUGGUGGACAGCUCAGCACCUGUAGCGGCAGCGGCGGCGGUGACGCCGCAGGACUCGGCUCUGUCGGCGCGACCCACUACGGUCGCGACAUGCGUGAGGCCGUCCUUGUCGAGCAGCUGACAUGCCUUGCGCACGUAGUUGUUUCCGUCCAGCCGGCGCGCUGCGAAGCCGCGUACCGCGUGGCGCAGCGUCUGACUGCCGGCCGGUACGCCGAGGAGCUGUUGCCGCGAAUCCUCCAGAUAGAAAGUGAGUCGCUUGGUCAACCGCGGCCAGAGACGCGGGCAGCGUACGAUCAGGCGAUACGCGACGUGCCGGAAGUGCUUGUGUUGCUCCGAGCUGCGCGAACGGCGCGAGCACAACUGUCGGCCAGCGAGGCGCAGGCAACCAAUACUCAUCAUCAGCAGCAGCUGCUGCAACCCAACCUCGUGUCAGCCGAGAGUCUAUCUGCGGAGGCGAUGCCUACGCGAGACCCCAGCGCAAGCGACACCAGCUCUUCUUGGAAGGCUGCGGUGAAGCAGUAUCAGCGUGCCGCCCAGGGUCUGCGCGCAGCGGGGCUCAUCCAACCUCUCGGCGAGUGCCUCUACGAAGAAGGUGGCCUCUACUACGCCGCCUCCCACGUCAGCGAGGCUGCGAAGCGCUGGUCCGACGCAGUCGACUGCUUCCUUUCUACUCCGCACGCGCUGGAGGACUGGCAUCGGCACCGCACCGUUCCCCCUGCACCACACGGUGGUCGUCGAAGUCUCGAGGAGCUGCUGUGGAUUACUGCUGCGCUCACCACUUUGGCGAAUCACGCGUUCCCGACGGACAGCCCACGCGCCACAGACGCAACGCUUCUCUGCGCCCUCCUCAUCCACCAGUCCUGGCGUUUGCCAGGACUGGUCUCGACCGCUGCCUCUAGCGACGGCGCGGGCCGCACCGCGGUCGCACGUACACAUCAACCCCACCUUCCCCCCGCGCAGUACUGCCUCCUCGACGUCCACCACGUCAGCGCCUCGUUCAGCGACGCAUUCCGGCCGACGGUCGUCGGCGUGAGCCAGCAGCACUCGCCAACGGGGAUGCCAGGCGCCUUGGCUGAGGUAACGCGUAGGUUGAUCUCGGCCGCCCAGAGCCUUCUAACCAAGCCCUCCUCCGCAUGCUACAGCAGCGAGUCCGCCGUCCUGGCAGCCUUCAGCGACUUCGUCGCCACGAUCGUCCUUCAAGACGUCGAGUUGACGGUGGAGGCGCGGCUGGUGCGUGCGGCAGCAGCGGCACACCUCGGCAGCUUCUCGGUGGCCAUGCGCCACGUCUACGGCGUGUGCAUCGGCGUCGGGCUGCCGCAGCCGGUGCUCGCCUCCCUCGGCGCCGAAGAGACCUUACCGGGCUUCUACUCGCUUGGGUGCGCUGCCGCAUCGUCAGCUGGAGCUACGGCUGCUGCGGCGGCCACCUCGCUGUCAUCGCCGCUGCCGAGCGGCAGCGCCACGGCGCCGUCGUUCUUCUACAACGAUGAGGAAAGCCCGUCCUCCUCCCACAACACGGCAGCGGUGCGGGCGUUCUUGGCGGCAUGUCUGCCGGGGCUUCCCCUCGACGCUGUCGCCAAGCACAACACCACCGUCGGUAACAGCGAGGCGGCUGUCUCAGCCCUUCUACCCUUGACCGUUGGUGUGCUGGCGUCGGCGGCGCUGGAGGAGCGCUAUGGAGUGUGUCUUACGCGGCGUGUGCAGUUGGCGAUCGCAGAGCUGUUUGUGCGUCUCGGCACGUGCGACUCUGCUUUCCUGCUCAUGGCACCACCAACCGUGGUGGCGGCGGCGGCAAGCUCAUCACUGGCAACAGCCACCUUCUCUUCCGCGCCGAGCAACUCGGCAGGCGGUGGCGGUGGCCAAAAUCGAACCUCGCUCGGUGAGACCAUGGCAACGCCACGCGUGGGGAGCGGCGGCAGCCGGGGCUCGCAACCGCCACCGCCACUAUCACCAGCCGCUGGCCGCGGCGAUCGACCUGUGAACGCCUGCACCGAAGCCUGCCGCUACGCCAGUGCGCUCCUCCAGUCGUUGGCCAGUGCAGAUGUGUGCUUCAUCCUCACUGGGCAGUCUUCUCCUUCUGGCGUGAUGGAGGGCGGCGGGGCCGCCGGGGUCGGCGCAACUCGCCCCUCCGGUAGCUCCGCAGCGGCGACCGCCUCGUCCUCGCAGGCGUCAAGGGCACGUCCCGGCAGCUCGUCCCACGGAGCCGCAGCGGGCGCCUCUGAAGCAGUCGCCGCAGAGCCUCGCACCGAUGUGUCGAGGCAAGUGGACAGCACCGACAGAGGCGGCGGCGGGAGCGUUACACCCGGUUCUCCCUGUGCCGCGUGGCUCGGAACUCUUGGGGCCAUCAGACAGUACGCCCUCCUCCUCACGGCAGAGCUUCUCGCGGCGCAGGGGCACUACGGUGCGUGUUUGCGAUCGCUCGCCGCGUGUAUCGCGGAGCACAAUGAAGUGCAGCAGUACAAACUGUGCCAUCCACAGCGGCAGUCGUCGUCAUCGGCCCCCUUUCCGUCGCAUGCAAUUUCCACCACCACCCACCCGCCGUCGCGGUCGCAGGCACCGCAUGCCCUGUUGAAGGGCCUCGGCGUUCAAGGCGGCGACCAGGCCCUGGCACCGUUUUGGUUCCCCUAUGAUCACUGGGUUCGUGUCUGGCUGCUCAUGUGCCGCUGCUACGGUCAUCUCCGCCAGUACCCCCAGCUGGAAGAGGCAGCGGGGACGCAGGGGUUGUCCCUGUGCACAGCCUUCGGGGUUGCAGGAGUGCAGAAGUCCGACAACAGCAGCAUCUACAAGGAUGCCAGCUGCUGGACCAUGUUUCGGCUGUAUCGGCUCUACGCAUUGAUGCAGAUGGGUCGCCUGCGCGAGGCUGACGAUGUCGUCGAAGCGCUGGAACUCGGUCAUUGUGCAGCAGCUGCAACCUCGUCAGCAGCUGCGGUCACGGCUGAUUCGCCAGCGAUGGGCAUCGCCGAGGACAGAUGGGUAGCGGCGGCGGCCCUUCAGUGGUGGCGCACGCAUCGAGGCAAGACGAUCAAGUCGGCUGCGUCGCGUGACGCCCUGGAGCAGCUGGUCCGAUGGGCGAUUACGGAACACGGUGUACUCUCCUGGCAGCCAUCGGCGUGCUCAUCCUCGUCAUCGGCCAGCACCGUUGCAUCGCCGCCGCACCAGCUGCAGCACUACGUGCUUGUAUCGCCAUCCGCCCGCACAAUCCUCCCUUCGCUCGCGCUGUCGCGGUGUGCAACGACGGCGAGGUUGUGGAGGCUGCAUGACACAAUGAAUCACCACGCCCUGGAGCAGCAGCAGCUCUCGAUGGCGGCAGUGGCCACCCCUGCAGCUCUUGGUGGAGGGGAGGCGAGCAGCGACGAAGCACGAGGCAGUGGUCGCGCUCCCCAGCAACGCCUCGCGACGCCAAACUGUGGAAGGAUGAGCAACAGCACCAGCACUGACAUGGCAUCCACUUCGCUUACCGCCGGCGUCCCUGCGACAGCCCCCAGCGGCGCCGCCGCCUCGCUGGUGCAAGCGCUAGAAGUCGUCAGCCCGCAGUACAUCACGUCGGUGCAUGCCAGCUUCUGGUUCGAGUCGCAGCUGUGGGCAGCGCAGCUGAAAGUGCAGGAAGUUUGUGCACAUCUGCUGGCAGGCGCCCGUGAAGUCGAGGUGGAGGCGGUGGUUCGAGGCGGCGGCGACGGCGGCGCUGCGACGAGGGGCAAGAGCGAGUCGGCGUGUGUCGCAUCUCAGACGGGGGUGCCGCCGCUAUUGUUGUCCAAAGAGGAUGUGCUGCGCGCCCUUCCGGCCCCUGUGCGGAACGUGUGUGAUGAACUUCUUCGCGUGCUGCACUGCUGUGUCGAGCUGCCGGUGCAGCGACACUCGUAUGUGCGGGCCAUUCUGCUGGACCUGACAAGGGUUGUCUCCACGUAUGUCCGCCUGCUCCGCGCACGCCAGCACCACGCGCCGUUGCCACAGGGGACGCAGUCCUUGUCGCCGGCGACUACCGCCGAGUCCAGUUUUGUGUCGCAGCUAGAAAGCAUCGCUGCGGCGUGUGCACUCUUGGCGGGGCUGGUCUCAGACAUGGAGCGGCGCGUGCGCACCGGGGCGGACAGUCUCCGCGGCUACGCCACAGACCCGCGCGUCACAGCUGCCGCGAGCGCGAUUAGCGAGGCGAACACCGAAGAGCAAGGACAGGCACCGUGGCCAGAGUCGCUGUGGGCAGCGUUGCAGCGGACACAAGACACGGUAGGCCGAUUGGCUCCCGCUGCGCACAGCGACAACGCCGGCGGCAGUGGCGCCACCGGUCUCGCUGAUGUUCUCUCGAACCCAUUCUACAACAGCCCCUCCAUCCAUCCAAAACAGCCCCCUCUGGGCAAUGGAGCAGUCUCUUCCGCGGGCAGUACCGGCGCCGAGUCGGACCGCGGAGCCAGUGCGGGUCGUGGGCACAGAGGCAGCAGCAAGCGACUGAGCGGACUCUCGGCGCCUGGUACGCUGCCAACCAUGUCCGCUACAGUGGCAGCGCAGCUUAGCGUGCCGACGAUGGCGUUGACGUACACGAUGCUGUGCAAUGAAGCGGCUGCGGCUCGCGCGCUGACACCGGUGACCGACGCUCUCGAGCACGACAUUGCGCAGCAGCUGGUGACACGCCACCUGCAGCGCCUUACGACGCCGGCUAACUGCACGUACCUGUGCUAUCGCGACAAAGAGCGUCAGGCGCUGCUGGAGAGCGUCGGUGCGGUGCUCAGACAGCAGCAGCAACAGCCGCAGCAGUCCUCGCGGCGCGGCGGCAGUAGUGGUCACUCCCGUCGCGUAGGUGCAGCAUCGUCAUCCACCAACGCGGCGACUGGGGCGGGUGGAGGCGGUGGCUCCCUGCCGAGCGUGAGGUUCACGGAAGCGGAUGUGUGGAAGGCGCUGGCACCGCCGGUGUUGUUGGCUGCAGUCCCGACGAGCCUCUUCUCCGCCCUUGGGGCCGAUGCGCUGGGGGCGCCGCUGUACAACUCCGUCGCUGCCGCCGCUGUCUGCGUCGUCGCUGGGGCGGGGGCUGCAGGAGGAGCGGCGGCCAUCGUCGGUCGUGACACCAGUGAUGGAGGAAACGCUUCGCAAGUGCGGAAUUCCUCCAGAGGCGGCGCACAUGAAGCGCGCUGGCAGCUGUACCUGUCCGUGUCACCUCUGCAGGAUGCGGAGGUGGACGCUGCACCUCCACCCCUGCUGCCCGGCUCGGUGGUAGCGUCUCUCGAAAACUGCGCCCUGCUGCCGCCAAGCUAUAUCCUCAACGCGGUGGCUGCAAGCGCCGAAACCAGUGGGGCAGGCGCAGCAGCCGCGAUGACCACCACAUCGGCAAGCGUUUCCGGCACGGCCGCCUCUCGUGCGCGUAUCGCAUCACGGCAGUCUACCGCCGGCGGUAGCGCAGGCGCAACGAGCAGUCACGCUCGCUGCACAGGCGGUAGUGUAGUAAGUGGUGCGGAUCGUGGCACAGGCGGUGCUUGGUGGCCCCCCCUCAUCGCAAGCGCAGCCACCUCGACCCGUGAGUUGCUGGUGCCGUCAACGAACUGGGCAUUAUUGGACUCCAUCCAGCAAUGCCAGCUGCAACAGCAGCAACAACGAGAGUCGUCUAGACAGGACACCGACGGCGGUGUCAAGCUGCCACCUUUGCCGUCCCUGGCGGCUCCCGCUGCGCCUGCUACUCGUGGCGUGCGCAAACUCGGGGGGAGGAGCAGCUUCAGCUCCGUUGCAGCGUUGGCCGCAGCAGCAGGCGGCGGCGGCGGUGGUGCGUCGAAUGCGGCACUGCAACACAAGAACGACGGGGCAGCACCUCCGUGUGAGCCGGCGCCGCUGCGAUGGACGUGCGUCUCUCUCGAGGUCUCCGGCAGCACGGUGCGCACUCUGCGUCGGCACCUUCGUGCGGUGCGAGCGUGCAUGUGGCGGGUGAAAGCCGAAGAAGGCACAGCCGGUGGUGCAGGCGAAGACGCUUCUGUUCGCAAGAACGGCUAUGGCUGCCGCAGGUGCACAGAGGACGCGGUGAGCGGCGCUACUGGGACUGGCGCUGCGGCGCCAACUGCAGUGGAAGCCCACGGUGCGAAGAGGCGAGAAGAUCACAGCUCGGGCGUCGCCUCGCUCGCCGUCGGUGGCAACAGCGUAGACAGCGAUUCAACGAACGAUCACGCGGCUGCGGCUCGGUGCGCCUUGGCGGCCGCUGUCGCACAAGCCCAGUCAGCGCUGCGGUCGCGUGUACUGGCAGGCGGCAGUGGUGGCGGCGGCGUGGGGGGCACGGCUCCAGGUGGCAACGGUGCGCCUCCGUCCGUUGCGCAGGGAGCGGCGGGAGACGGCGGUGCGCGGGCGGGCUUCAACAGCAGCUACCCUGGAGGGUCAUCCUCGGCAGGAUCGGCGGCCGCGACGAGUCCUUCGACCUCCGCGGGGAGAAAGACCGCGAACAAGACGAACGGGUCGGGGCGUAACGUAUCGCGGGCCAGUAGCUUCGGUGGGCAUGGGAACGGCGUCCCCGCUGCAGGUGGCACGGAUGGGCUGCAAUCUGGGAUUCACGUCGCGCAUGAUCUCGCGGAUGCAGCGCGAGCUCGACAGGUCGCCGAGCGCCGCCGAAGGCUCCAGCAGCUUGAGGAAGAGCUCGACGAAGCCAAGUCAAGCCUGCUGAUGGAGCUGCUGGAGACCAUCGUGAGCGCCGCGUGUGCAUCCUCGCUGUGCCCCACCGCCGCAGAGGCCAUGCUGGACGAGGCGCGCAUCGAGGCAGAUGUGCAGCGGCUUCUUCCGCGGUGUGCCCUCUCCAGUGACGUGAUUGGCUUUCUCGAGGAGUGGAUCGGAAGCCACGCAGUCCUCAACGUACAAGGGAAAGAUGUCGAUCACGACACGUGCGGUGACGGUGGCAACGACGCCGACGGUGAAGACGGCUGCAGCGGUCGCAGCAGAACCACAUCCCUUCGCUUCUACAGUCCAGGCCUGCACGAGUGGAUGCAGCGCAUCUCGCGCUACGUGGUGGAGCAGCAGCAGCAGCAGCAGCAACGGUGA